AAAGAUCCACUCACAUACACUGCAUUUGCUAGUAUGAGAUCUCUGCAUCUUCUAAAUAACAACAUGUUGUUCAAGACUGCACUCCUAUUUAAUGCUCUAAUCGCAACACAAUGCUUUGUGACAUAUGAUGCAACCUCAUUUAACCCACAAGAACUGCAAAAUUUGAUCAGCGAAGUAAGAAAAAUAGUACGCACCGGAGUAGACUCCGGUUUCCCAGUAUUCCAAAACAUAUCCCACACUGCUACUCUUCUCAUACCGCAGAAGGUACUAAAAGCCGCUCAAGCAAUUGAACAAAGCAACGAGAAAAAUUCUGAAAAAUAUGAAAACAUCAGGGAAUCAGCAGAGGCACAGGGAAUCGAUGUCGAUGUGUGUGGGGAAUAUUUUGAGUACAUAGAUGCAGAUGGCAUACUAUCUCAGCUGGACCAAUGCGUUAAAGAUAAAAUUGACACGUUUGUUAACCAAAUCUACAACGACCACAGCACUUUUAUAGAUAAUCUUUUGCAAAUACCAUAUAAAGUUGACCGCGACGUUAUGGAAUGUGAUUCGGACGACGUAGAUUGUUUGGAAGAUAUUCUACUACAAGUGAAAGAGGUCGUGCUGGUACUACCAAGUCGAAUCAAAUUUAACCUACACGAAAGUGAGAAUAAACUACAAUUGUUUAUGGAGGAUGUUGAUCUUUGUAUAAACACAUUGUCUACUCGGAACAAUGUUUAUGACGAAGGUGUCAUCGAAGGAUUUCAAGAAUGUGUUAAUAAUGUCAUUGAAAGUAACAAAAAUGAAAACCCAUAAAUAAGUAGGAUUAUAUUAUUUGUUAAUAUUAUUACUUUUUUUGAGUUUUGUUUAAUAAAAAUUGUUAAAAAUAUAUAACUUUUAAUCUUGACUUGAAUAGAGUGAACUGUUGUCUACAA